GGUAAUAGGUAGUUGGGUUGCCGGCACCCACACUCUAUUCACAUUGCCCUUUUCCGCAUCAUCUCAAUUCUCAUGUCGGUACAGCCGAGAACCGGGACCGUGCAUUUCUGGGAUGGGGCUGCUCUUCCUUGAGCGGCUCGAGGGGGAGGGCGUGUUCAGGUGCCGGCGCUGCCGCGUGGACGCCGCCUCCAAGGACGCCAUCAUCUCCAGGGACUUCUACGGCCGCAGCGGCCGCGCCUACCUCUUCGACCACGUUGUGAACAUAUGCCUAGGCCCUAAUGAGGAUCGGUAUCUUGUAACCGGGCUCCAUACUGUGAAUGACAUCUACUGUAGCUGCUGCCAACAGAUUCUUGGCUGGAGAUAUAAAUGGCAGGAGCUCUGCCUAAUCAUUAAAAGGAGAGUCCAGAAAACACACUGUACAGGUCCGAGGACCGAGACAAGACAAGACAGACUAGCAAACACGACGUGAGGAACGCUCCUAACAGACCCGUACAAAGCAGCUAAACCACUGCAGCAGCCCUAAUACUGGGGAACGUAGCUCUCUUGAAAGUGAACACAUCCUCUUUAUUUCAAUUCGCCUUAUGUCAUUUCUGCUAAAAUGGUGGAUGAACGGUAUACCUUUAUAUUUUCAACCCAGCAUCGUGUUAUGACUUCUACUGUUAUAUCCAGAAAUGCAACAAUUAAUUUGUGCAGAAUUAAUUACAGCUAUUAGCAUUAUUGUAUAAUUGAAUUGUUUCCAAUGUCAAAGAGUAACACCAUCAAUUUUCCCCCUGUCUGCCAGUGGUUCCUAACGUCAAAAACAUAUCACGUUUGGUAGUCAUGUUGCUAUUCCGUUCCUUAAAUGCUACAUCAUAUUCAUAUACCACUUUGUGCUUAUCACGCAUCAUCCUAAUUCCCGGGGUGAUGUGCUGCAGGAGAAAGCCUACGAGCAAAGCCAGAAAUACAAGGAAGGGAAGUACAUCCUCGAGAGAGCUAGAAUGGUGAAGGAUGGGUGACGAUCAUUUGGAUGCUCUUACUUCUAACACCCCAGAAGCGCAAUCUUCUUGAACUCUGGAAAGAUUCAGAACUAUCCCUCAAUUUGCAUGCCUCAGAACAUUUGACACCUAAUUGGCAUCCCAGUUAGCUAGGAAGAUCACUGGUUGCAGAUUCUUUGAUUUGUAGAAUAUUACUGACUCUGAAUACCCUUAGCUUGUUAGUAAUGGUAACAUUUGGUGAAAUAUUGAUGAUUAGGUGAAUUGAAGUGAAGCUGAUGAUUUAUCUGUAGUAACCAUUAUUAUUCAGGCGCC